AUGAGGCGCAUCGUGAGAUGGCUCAAGCAGCUACUGAUGGGCAGAAAAGAGGAGCACAGAGGACUCCAGGCGAACCAUGUCGGUACCGACUGGGGCGACGGGCCGGAGAACGAGAAGAAGAGGUGGAGCUUCGCAAAGCAGAGGAAGAGCGGAGCUGACGGCGGCGCGCGGUCGUCGGGUCUCGACGCCGUCGCUCCUCCUGCCGCGGUGGAAUGGUCGCGACAGGCUAGGAGAGCGCUUCGAGCUCUCCGGUCACUCGUCAAGAUCCAGGCGUUGGUACGGGGCUACCUGGUGAGGAAGCAGGCAGCCAUGACGCUGCACAGAUUGCAGACGCUCAUGCGGCUGCAAGCCGACUCCAUCGCCGUCAAAAAUGCUUCGUACCAGAAAUCCAUGGAACAAGAAGAGAGGAUCUUUGCUCGGGACGUGCAGCUGAAGCCGCUGGCGACGCCGGUGCACCGGCGGAUGCUGUCUGACAACACGGACUCCAACUACGAGCGCAGCCCGCGGAUCGUGGAGAUGGACACUUGCCACCUCCGCUCCCGGUCCUCGCGGUUCACCAGCAGGUACAACCCGGACCACUUGCCGGAGUAUCACCGCUACGCGGCGCCGACGCCGUCGUGCUCGCCGCUUCCCGGCGGCAAGCAGCAGCAGCCCGCGCGGCUCUCGCUCCGGCGGAGCACCCGCGAGCGCGACAUCGGCCGGGGCUCCAAGACUGCACAGAGCACGCCCCGGUUCGCCUCCCACGACUCCUCCUCGCCCGCCAAGAGCGUCGAGCACAGUCUGGCCAGCACGCCACGGCGCCGCGCCGCCACGCAGCGGGACCGGGACGCGCUCGUCAGCCCGCGGUACAUGGCGGGAACCGCGUCCUCCGCGGCUAGGACGCGGUGCCACAGCGCGCCGAGGCAGCGGCAGACGACGGACGCCGAGCAGGCGCCGAGGACGAGCGUCGUCAGCCGAGAUGGGGCAUCGAGGAGGUCGUCGUGCUCGCAUGCGCACGGCGGCGGGUUCUGCUUCCGGUGCUCGGACGUGACCCGGGCGUCAGGCUUCUCCGGGAUCAGCUUCGGCGACGAGGUGGCCAGAGACUACUACCUGGACAGCUUUUGGUGA